GCGCAGAGCUCACGUACUUGAUUACAAGCUAUCACCCACCAAUCUACAAAAGUCUUCUGUGCUGGAACAAUAGAAUCAAGACAAGGAAAUCUAGAUACUGGCCCCCCAUAUAGUCUUUAUUUGAUCCACCAAGAACUGCAAUUCACCCUUAUGCCCCCGCGGUCAAGAAAUUUCAAUGGGUGCUGGACAUGUCGCAUACGAAAGAUCAAGUGCGAUGCCACCCGACCGAAAUGCCAAAGAUGUCAGAAGGCGAAUCUAGAAUGCAAAGGAUACAAGGUCGUGCUUGCCUGGGCAGAUGUCUCGACGCUUGAUAAUGACAAUAAGCUAACGUCUCUUAAUGCGGCGAAACUACCCAACAGAAAAUAUGAGAGAGCUUCUCUGCGGCGGAAUCUUGAACUAGUGAAAUUCCCGAAGCUGAUGCUGUACGAGACCUAUGACAAACUCAAUCAAAUUGUUGCACAGUUUGAUGAGACACAUUCGACGGUUCUGCGGCCGUGUUUCAUUGUUGGACCUUUUGGAGUGUUUCCGCUUGAAACAUCCAGUCAACUACCCCUUAUUGAUCACUCUCCCAAGGACCUAAACUCACUCCCGCAAGAAUCUGCUCUUGCGCAUACACCUGCAGAAGUUCUCGAGAAAGAAACUGGUUUCCUUUCCGCUGUUUCUGUGAGCGAAGUCCUUGGGAGUGACCUAGAAUCGUCUAUUUUUUCCAAGACAACUAAUGCCUACGUCCACUACAAACUCUUGGACUAUGCAAAGCUCACCAUCUUGUCCAUAAAAGGGCCGCGCCACAAGUUCAAUGAACAGGGCAUGUUCCAUAUUCUUUAUCCCAAGUUUUUCCCAAACGUCGAAUCAGAUAACUGGAGGCCAAACGGCCGAGUCUUGAACGAGCUUUUUUCCCAGGAUAGUGCGGGAAACAUUGUCAUUGCUCCCUCCAUGGGGUCAGACUUCAAGUUUCUUUUGGAUAGCUUACUGUCAUCCAUGAGAGUAGCUCACAAUCAGAAUCCAUGGAAAAGUCUCGUUGUGCCUUUUAUAAAGCAAAUGUUUUUCGAGAUUAUUUGUGAGGAAUAUCCUGAGUCAAAUAGUUGGAAAAACCAUUUAACAGGCAAAACACCGACUGCUAUACCAAGAAACCUCCUUCUACGAAAUAUCAAAUUCUCCAUUUUUUGUAUGUGCUUGUCCAUCAGUUGGCAUGAGCGCUCGCUUUCUGGAUUAAAGGUAACGAAUGCAGUAGAUUCGUUGUUUGUCAAUGAUGAGCUCAAGAUAAGUAUUGAGUUGAGAAAAAUUGCGAUCAAUAUUCUUAACUAUCAUUUAGAUGAAUACGAUGGUAACUCUGAGUACUAUCCUGUGGAUGAUUACGAUACUUAUUUCCUUUUAGCACUCAUUUUGCAGGUUCACAUCGACAAUCUAUUUGGUGUCUUUGAAAACUACGAACUCAUGUAUGCAAUAGGUGACUUUAUUUUGAAAAAACCCAAAUCAAGUCGAAGACAUCAAUCAUCUUUGCAGCGUCACUUGCGCCAUAGUUUCAACAUUUUGAAUAUUCUUUAUGAAUCGACUCAAACCAUUAACUUUUUCAAUUAUUCUAUAUCGGGGAAAGAUCAGAGACUUAAAUAUCUGGACCUCGACGAAGACUAUGAUCUCACAAAAAAUGACACGAAUAAAGAGAAAGACUUUUCCAGUGAUGACUCCGAGGAGGAUUUCGGUUCUGGGGACGAUGAUGAAAGUGCCGUUAAUGUGUGUGCCACAUCGAGUACUUCACAAGCUCUAUCAUUCACGGUAAACUUUGACGGUGAGAAGCCCAGAAAAUCUUCUAAUAACAAUGAUUUGAGACAACCAAAGGAGCUAGGUUUCAAAAGUUUUCAAGAAGGAUUGCCGGAUAAAGGGAGUUAUCCGAAUCCAAUCAUACCUACUUUGGAGGAUGGUUCUAUCUUUCUGAGCUAUGGUUUACCAAAAGCUCUUUUGCAGUUGGUGCAAGAAGUUGUUCAUCUCACAAACCACAAAGCUGUUUUCAAAACUCGUGGGCUAGCACCUCGCAACUUUCCAAGGAUAUGUGCGGAGAUCGAAGACAAAAUAUUGAAUUUCAAUGUAGAGAACCAUUGGAAACUAUACGACAAUCAUUACAAUCCUAUCACCAACGUUGCGACAAAGUUCUUCAUCUCGGACUUCCAUGAGGGGUUGUUUCAUAACGUUAUUUACUUUCACAAUGCAUUGGUAGUCUAUUUCAAAAGACUCAUACCUGAAAGUCCCAAACAAAUUUAUCAGCCAUUUAUCCAGGCAAGUUUUUUCCACAUGGAGAAGUUGAUUGCAUUGAAUAAAACCUUGAAAGUGAAAGGAAUAAAUUAUCACUUUAACCCAUUGUUCUGGCCUUUGCUUGUCUGUGGGUGCGAGAUUGAUCUUUCAACCCACGGCUACUUAAGAGAACAAUGCCAAAAGUUGUGGAAUGAGAGAUGUUUCAAAAGAUUCAACUAUUGGCGCUCAAAGCAAAUAUUGUUUGAGGUUUGGCAUAGAAGAGAACAGGGAGAAGAUACUAGCUUUAUGGACUUGAUCCGAGAAUGGGGAAUCGUACUAAGUUUGGGUUGAAAUCCCAAUCUGUUUAUGACAAAAAAGUCUCACUUCAGGUCAUGAAUGAUUGGAGCAACGUACAGAGCAUGCUUGAACUCUUUUUUCUCUAUCUUAUCUAACAUCUUUUGCAUGAACUCGGGACUGAACUCAUCCGAGUUUUGUUGAAAGCUCGCCAAAGUCUUGUCCCUCGCACUGGUUGCAAUGAAGAAUUCUGCAAAAGGCACAAUUGCAACUAAACUCGAUUUCAUUAAACGCAACAGGCCCGCAAUAUCUCGGGUAAGAUUAACAUUGUAAUUUUUGUUUAGACACAUGUUUAUCAAAUUGACUUUGAACCCAUUUGAAUACGGGUUGUCAUCAAAUGUGUACGAAACGACUUUUCUCGUUCCUUCGUGAGCAAUAUUGACAAAGCGUAUGCCCAGUUCCACCCGGGGUGUCUUACCAACGCACCAUGUAUACCUUGAAUUUACAUUCCUUUGUUUUCCUAG